AUGCACCAUCCGACGAUCUACUGGGCGCAACGCAAGGACGUUGUCUACAUGAGGCUCUCUGUAUCCUCUGCCACAGACGUGAAGUUCAAGAUCGCCGAGGAAACGAUUCACUUUGCUUGCAAGAGUGGUGGGAAUGACUAUGCCUGCAAGCUCACUCUUUUUGCACCGAUCAAUCCGGACGAGUCCAAAUAUAAAGUGACUGGCCCCUGCAUAGAGUCGAUUCUUCAGAAGAAAGAGGCGAGCGAUGAGUUUUGGACUAGUUUGACAAAGACCAAGCUGCCUUACGUGCGCAUCGAUUGGGACCGCUGGGUCGACGAGGGCGAGGACGAGAACACCGCAGGGGCGCUCCCCAACCCCAACGACAUGGAUUUUGCUAGUAUGAUGAAGAACAUGGGCGGUGGAAUGCCCGGCCUGGACGGGAUGAACUUCGAUCCCAGCAACUUCAAGAUGCCGGAGGGUGCCGACUUCGGAGAUGAGGAGGACGACGACAACAAAGACGAAGAGGACGGGCCCGACGAGGAGAAGAAGGAGUCUGGCGAAGAGAAGGCAGAGGAGUAA